UUAUAGGUUGCCUUGUGAAUGAGCCUGAAGUCAUAAACUCAGCUCUAGCGGAACUCAACUUUCAAAAACGCAUUUCCUCUUAUCAAUAUUUAUUGAGCACCUAUGAUAUGCCAGGUUCUGGAUACUGGGGAUCCAGCGGUGAGCCAGUGCCCUCCUGGUGGUUAUUCUUGCUGGGAAACAGGCAAUAGAAAAGUUUGAGCGAUGUGAAAGGAAAACAAAAAACGUGGAAAGGAGUAAAGGCGAUGGAGAUGAACUAGGGCAGGCCCCGCCGAUGCUGCGAGAUUUGGGGGGAAAAGCGGUCCAGGAGGGCACAGACUGAAAAGGAGAGAAGCAGUGUUUCUGGGGGACAUGACAUCCGGGGGCUCUUUGCACCAGGAGGCGCCCUUGAGAGCUCGCUGUCUGGCCAACGUUUUCCCCACCGCGGCAGCCGCCCUCAGAUCACCAAGCAGGCCUCCCGGAGGCGGCCGAUGGGAAGCCUCUAAUAUGCUCCGCGUGAGAGCAACGCCGGGAUGGAUCUGAGCUCGCCUUCUUCCGACCGCAGAAGCUCAAGGCCACGCGGAACCAAAGUCCCGAGGAAAGCGCGAGCCCGCGGACCGCGGAAGGAAGCGCCCACCGGAAGCGGCCCAGAGAUCCCAACAUGGCGGCCGCCCGGUGCCUGCGCUGGGGCCUGAACCGAGCCGGAGCCUGGCUGCUGCCGUCGCCCACGCGCUAUCCCUGCCGCGCUCUGCACAAACAGGUAGAGGGCACCGAAUUCCAGAGCAUCUACAGCCUGGACAAGCUCUACCCCGAGUCGCGGGGCUCGGACACCGCCUGGAGGCUCCCGGAUGAUGCCAAGCAAGCCAACGACAUUCCUGUAGAUCGCUUGACAAUAUCUUAUUGUCGGAGUAGUGGUCCUGGGGGCCAGAACGUUAACAAAGUGAAUUCCAAGGCCGAGGUCAGGUUCCACCUGGCAAGUGCCGACUGGAUCGCAGAGCCUGUGCGGCUGAAGUUGGCCCUCACGCACAAAAAUAGGAUCAACAGGUCGGGAGAGUUGAUACUCACCUCCGAGUGUAGCCGCUAUCAGUUCCGAAACCUGGCAGAUUGCCUACAGAAACUUCGAGACAUGAUUGCUGAGGCCAGCCAGCCAGCCAAGGAGCCGUCCAGAGAAGAUGCUGAACUUCGCAGAAGCAGGAUAGAAAACAUGAAUCGGGAAAGGCUGAGAAAAAAGAGAAUCAGUUCUGCCAUUAAGGCAAGCAGGAGGGUGGAUGUGGACUGAGUCAUCCUCCCGAGGGGCAAAGACCCUCUUCAGGGCAUCUGGGCAGCUGCCGCCCACGGAGCUUCAGCACCAUCAGGAGACGUGUUUGUUUGUUGUCAGUGCUUGUCUGUAACGGGGGAGCUGACGCAAGAAUGUUCAUCCGGAAUGAGAACCGUGGGCCCUGUUUGCAGAGGUCUUGACAGGCAGUCACCAUGUUGUCGAAGCUUAAUGAUCCACUUAAUGUACUAGUCGCAAUAAAAUUCUUGACUCAG